UUUUAAUCAGAAUGCGCCAUUUGUUCUGGAUGUCUUAUAAAAAUUCUGAAACAAUAGAAAUAAGAAGAUUUAUAUUUUAUGACAUGACAGGAAGUAAAACUAAUUUUUAAAAGUUUAAAAGUAUUCAUUUUCGAAGUUCACACGGUAAAAUAUUUCUAUUAUCAGGGUAGACGGCCAAAUCCGCGCAUACGAACACCAUUUGAUCGUGGUAAAUGUACAUGAACACCGCUUAAAUAGAAUGAAAUGCAACGCAAAUACUAAAAUUACAGGAUGUAAACUUAUUUUGGUGCCAUAUGAAAAGGAGCACGUACUGAGAUACCAUGAGUGGAUGAAGAGUGAGGAGUUACAGACAUUAACUGCAUCAGAACCGCUUAAUCUCGAAGAAGAGUAUCAGAUGCAACAGUCUUGGAGGGAAGAUGACAAUAAAUGUACUUUUAUUGUGUUGGACAAAGAGAAAUAUGAGGAGAAUGGAAACAAUGAAAUAGAUGGUAUGGUUGGGGAUGUGAACCUGUUCUUAAAUGAUGAAGAUAACCCAUCAACAGCGGAGAUUGAGAUCAUGAUUGCAGAGCCAGCUGCUAGGGGGAAAGGACUUGGAAAAGAGGCUGUGUACUGUAUGAUGAGAUAUGGUAUUGAAGAGCUGAAACUUACACAUAUCACUGCCAAGAUUGGAUACAGCAACAAACCCAGCAUAAAAAUGUUUAUGAACAUAGGUUUUCAAGAGAUUUCCAGGAGUGAUGUUUUUGAAGAAAUAACCUUUAAAUUAAAUCUUACUGAAGACAGAAAGGAAAGAAUUAAAGCUUGUAGUGCUCCAUACAGGAUUGACAGAUAUAGAUAGCACUAUGUUGAAAUUAUUAUCGCUAUGGUAACAGAUUCAAACAGCCUGACAGUUGCAGAAUGGAUCAAUGAUACAUUUACAGUUUAGCUUAAUACAUUAAAGUUUAUUCAUUGAAAAUCUGUGAUAACUGUGAAGUUUUCUAAGACAAUAAUCUUUACGAUCAUUGUAGUUUGACAAAUUUGAAUGCCAUGUAGAAAUCUUGGAAAAUCUAACAUUUGGCCUGCUAAAUUUCUAAAAUGGAAUGGUCCAUCAUUUAAUUUUGGCAAUACCAUUUAUUAUUUAAAGGGGUGUUCACUGAAAAUUUACUGAUUGAAUAGCAAAGAGUGUAUAAUAACCAUGAACCAUGAUCAGCCUGCAUGUCCGUGGCAGAAUCACUUUACACCAACAGGGUAAAGGUUAAUACCAAUAAGACCCUUAACGAUCAUUUUGGUGCAGUUGAAAUUAAAACAAAGUGUAUUUAUACAUUUUGAAGAAUCAUGAUAUUUGUAGUAUUUAUUUAAGCUAUGAAUAGUAACUAGGAAAAAAGGCAUUUCAGAUUCUUAAUCUAAUUGAUUGUGUAUUAUUGUCUGACAGGACUUGGUCAAACAAUUCUGACCUGCUUUGUGAAGAAUGUUAGCACAGUAUUUUAUUUCAUAUGGUUCAUUUUAACUUGAAUAAGAAUCAUAUUAUUAUGUUGUUUAAAACAAUGUUAUGUACAAAAUAGUGAUAUAUUUGGACGAAUACCAGUUGGAAAAAUCUGCUCAUCCAGUUUGUUUUUUGGGUGGGUAGGAGUCAAGAUAUAAACUGUAUUGUACAGGACAGUGUUAAGGUGUUAAGCUUUAAGCCCUCAAUAGACGGUAGGUUUUUAUUGUACAACACCAAUUAAAUUUAAGAUGUACAGCCAAAUAUUACCAUGUGUACGAUGCUAUUCCUUGAUUUCGUAAAUCUUAAGUCCUAACUUACAGAUUAGGACAUGUUCUAUUUCGUAAGUUUUACCUUAUGUACCAUCCACAUUGACAAACAACAAUUUGGUAAAUAAUUAGUUGAUAAGAGGCAAGUGAAUGAAAUUCCAGAAAUAAUUGCCCAAAAAAUAAACACAAAUCUGAAUAUAAAAUGGCUUCCAAUGCAUAAUGGAAAAAGGAUGACACUGAAAAGUUAAAUGAUUUGAGCCCCGCCAUGAGAAAAGCAACAUAGUGCAUUUCCGACCAGCAUCCAUGCAGUCUGGUCCAUGCUGUUUGCUAACGGUUUCUCUAAUUGCAAUAGACUUUAAAAGCAAAUAUCAUUGAUCCUGACCAGACUGCGCGGAUGCACAGGCUGGUCUGGAUCCUUGCUGGUCGCAAAGGCACUGUGUUGGUUUUCUCAUGGCGUGGCUCAUUUGUGCCAUGCGUAAUCAAAUUCAUGGGACAUAAAAAGGUGAAUAUUAUUUUCUAUUAUUAAUGGUUACAUUCUUUUCAGUACCUGAUGCACUAUGUUUAUAGGUAAAUCUCUGUGAUUUAUAUGGGAGUGGAAUACUGUCUGUAUGUGAAAAAUGUACAAUUUUAAAAUUGUACAUCUUUGAGAUAAUUAGUGUUGUACAACUAGAACCUACCGUCUGUUAAAUAGUGUCUUUAUUCUAUGAAUUUUUCUCAGUUAAAGAAAAACAAUAGAGAUAGAUUUGUUUAUAAUAUGUAUACAAAAACAUAGCGUCUAGCGAUUUAAGCUUUUGUGAACACUCUUCGUCUGUCGUCCGUCCAUGCGUGUACCCGUCAACAAUUUCUUGUCUGCACAAUAGAGGUUUCAUUUAUGAUUUUAUUUUAACCAAACUUGCACACAACUUGUAUCACCAUAACAUCUCGGCUCCUUUCUUGAAUUGACCAGAUCCCGUUUUGGGUUCCAGAGUUACGGCCCCUGAAAGGGCCAAAAUUAGCUUUUUUGACCUUGUCUGCGCAAUAGCAGCUUUAUUUAUCAUUUGAUUUUUACCAAACUUGCACAAAACUUGUAUCACCAUAAGAUCUUGGUUCCUUUUUUGAAUUGUCUAGAUUCCAUAUUGGGUUCCAGAGUUAUGGCCCCUGAAAGAGCCAAAAUUAGCUAUUUUGACCUUGUCUGCACAAUAGAAGCUUCAUUUAUGAUUUGAUUUUAACCAAACUUGCACACAACUUGUAUCACCACAAGAUCUUGGUUCCUUUCUUGAACUGGCCAGAUUCCAGUAUAAGUUCCAGAGUGAUGGCCCCUGAAAGGGCCAGAAUUAGCUAUUUUGGCCUUGUCUGCACAAUAGCAGCUUCAUUUAUGGUUUGAAUUUAAUCAAACUUGCACAAAACUUGUGUCACCAUAAGAUCUCAGUUCCUUUCUUGGACUGGCCAGAUCCCGUUAUGGGUUCCAGAGUUACGGCCCCUGAAAGGGCCAAAAUUAGCUAUUUUGACCUUGUCUGCACAAUAGCAGCUUCAUUUAUGAUUUGAUUUUAACCAAACUUGCACACAACUUGUAUCACCACAAAAUCUUGUUUCCUUUCUUGAACUGGCCAGAUUCCAUCAUGGGUUCCAGAGUUAUGGCCCCUUUAAGGUCCAGAAUUUGCUAUUUUGGCUUUUGCAGCCAUAUAGAGACUUCAUUUAUGGUUUGAAUUGAUACAGACUUCCAAAAUAUCUUUAACAACAAUAAAGCUUGGAUCAUGACGAAUCUGUCAGAUCCAGUUGUAGGUUCCAGAGUUAUUUUAUAUCCGAUUACCUCCCCUGAUUGUAUUCAAAAUGGAUUUAUAUCAGUAAGUACUUACAGGACGGACUUAUUUGAAAUUUCAUUAUUGUCAUUAGUUGGACUAAGACAAUAGGGUAGAUAACUAUGGACUGAUUUUAUGUCAAAUGACCUCCCUUUAUUUCAAAUUAAAAUGGGUAUAUCUCUGUAACUAAUGAACAGAUGGACUUGGACAAUCAGUGAAGAUACAUAUUGACUGAAUUUAUGACAAAUUACCUCCCUUUAUUUUUUAUCUAAACGAAUACACCUUAGCAGCUUCUAAUGAGAUUGGUUUGAAACGUUAUUUAUGUCUUCCAUGGUAAGAAAUAGUCAUAUUAGAUAACUCUUGAUUGAACAUUUAUCAAUAUGAAGACUUAACUAAUAUAUUGUUGUAUAGGCUUGUACUUUGUAUCUUCUACAUGCACUUUUAUGAAAAAUAAGAUGGAAUUAAUUAUGCUUAAAAUGAAAAAAAAAAAUCCAUAAAUAUCAGAAAAUGACGAAAAUGACUAAAUAACGAUAUCAAGUGGGCAAAUUUCUGUUAAAUGGCGCAGUACGCUCGAUUAAAAAUAGAAAUAGUCUAAUACUCUAUCACUUCCAUAGUCAAAUAACAUGAUUAUAUAUAGGCCUAUCUACAUACCAUUGUUAUAUGUGCGAGCGUCAGAUCGGCUUAACGCCCCAACAAUGUGGUCAGAACGCAAAAUCAAUAGAAAAAAAUUACACGGUGCAAUCUUAAGAAUGUUGUUUCUAAUGCUAUAACAGCUUUAAAACGUAAACUAUUUUAUAGUGCAGAUUCUCGUAUUGAAAUUGAUAAAUCCAGUUAAUACAUACUUCACCAUAAACCUGAGUUAAAGACAUCUAUGAAAGGAAUCAUCAGAAGAUUUCUCUAUGCACGUUCUAGUCCAGCGUACAGUUAUUCACACCCCCAAUUACAGUCAGUAAAUUGCUUUAUUACACUGUCAUUUGCUUGCCAUUUAAGUAGGCGAUAAAUCCACACUUUACAGAAAUAGACACAAUCUAUUACUUUCAAAUAUUAUAUCAUAUUGGCUGCUGACUGUAAAUUACAUGUAUUUGUCAUUCGAUAGAUGCAUAUUGCGAUUGUUUUUAUCCCCUGUUUGCCUGAUGGAUCGAUAUUGAAAAUGUUGUUGCUUCAUAAAUAAGUAACUUGUCAUUCAAUUGAAAUAAUAUGGAUUUGUGCACUCAUAUAAUACAAUUAUGCUACUAGAAUAUGAAUUAUUAAUAUCCAGGUAUGUGGAAGCACAGAACCAUUUUAUAGCCAUCUAUUUAAGCUGAAGCUAAAAUCUUUCGCGUUUUAGUUAGAUCAGAGUUUUUUGCGGCUUUUUAAUUUCACGGAAAUAUACUACCCGCGAAAGGCGCUAAUUUAAACAAUUCUAGGUUGCAGUAGCUGUAGGUCAUGUUGUCUGUCAGUUAUAUGCAUGCGACGUUUAAUUAAUACCUUUUCUUUUACCUUUAUGUAAUCGUCCUAUCUGAGCGACUAUCAAAAAUUCAAUGAACGUUAUCAAUAUGUCCUUUUGCAGGAAUACCGCUAUUAUCAACUGCGAGAAUAUUAUACUAAAUGUCAGUAUCGUCAUUCAGUGUGUGUUUUUUACGUUUAAUAGCAAUUUAAAACACUUCUGUUACUAAGUGUAUCAAAACAAUAGUUAUUUAACAAUUCAAUGGAAAUUUCACCAAAUGUAUUUGGUAAAAUGAUGAGAUAUUUUAUCAUAUGCGGUUUUGACCCACUUAUUUCAAGAUAUAUUGCGUAUUUGGUGUUCAGUCCUUUGUCAGCUGGAUGCUAGAUUUUUCUAUUUGAUCGUGUCUAACGAAAGUCAGGUGGACGAUGCCAUGAUAGUUCUUAAAGCCCACUUAUACUGAGCUGCUUUGAUGUUUUUGCUUUCCUGAUUCGUUGGAUCCUUAAUAAUAUUCUGCUGUUGUUCUGCUUUCUGCAACGGCAUGGAGAACAUUAGUCUGUGUUCAGACCUUAUGUUUUGUUCACAGGAGAUAACUCCUGAGGCAAUACAAAUUUUGUAUCAUUAUGUCCCUUUUAUUCUUAAAACAUACGGUCUGUGCAAAUCUGGUUUGAGCAUCUCCUGAAUUCUGGAGAUCGACCUUUAUCUAAGGUCAAGCUAUUACAGCUUAAAAUGAUCAUGUUACAUGACCUGGUGGUUCUGGGAUAUUUAUUGCCAUUCACACAUGUUUAUAAACGACCCCUUGACCUGUAGAUUACUGGGAGCACUUUGGUAAAAAUUAUUGAACUAGAAAGAAUACCUAAUGAAUAAUUGAUAUAUAGCGGAUUAAUGCUGUUGUUUAACUUUUUAUAUAUUAUGUAUUCUGUGUUUAAAUUUGAAUGAUUUUUUAAAAAAAGAUGUUGCACAGAUGAAAAUGCUUCUAUAUAAUAAUUCAUGUCUUAAUUGCUAAAAUAAGGAAAUGCUGAUUGUAAUCUACAAUGGAUAAGAAUACCCGGCAAUAGGAGUUUUAAGAACAGAACUAACACCUUCCUACAAAACAGAAAUCAUGUAUAAUGUGGGAAGAAGUGAAACUGCUCCCAAGGGACAAAAAGAAACUGACAACAGUCGAGUUGGCAACCAAAACAAUGAUUUAGGUGUUUUAUGAAACAACUGAAAAAUAUAUUUGCCUAUCACUGAUCUGUUUCAAUUCAUUAUCCUAAAAUAAAUUUCUUUAUUUUGAAAUAAAUAAGCGUGAUCUGUAAAUAGUU